AUGCAGCCUUCAUCAGAGCAGUCACCUGGAGACCCUAUGUGUGACAUGAUUUCGCGUAUUCGUGAAAAAAGCAGAAGGUUUCAGGAUGCACCUCCCAAUCCACUGAGAUUGCGCUCUCCUAGUUCUGAUUCGGACUCGUCUUCAGAGAGGAAUGAAGAUCCAGAAGACCAAAUGGGAAGCAACGAUAGUACGGAUAAAACCAUCAAGGUCUCAUCGCCUGUAAAGACUAAUGAAAAUCAGCCGCAGACGCCUACUAAGGCUCAGUCGCAGACGCCUACUAAGGCAUCAGCAGACCCUGACAGGAGCAACAGUAGUAGUAGCAGCGAUGACUCAAGUCGUGAAAAUAAUGCAACAGCGACCACGAAGGUGAGAUUGAUGUCUGAAUAUUGUGCAACUUAA